AUGGCUCUGGACCAGGCAAUUAUGAAGGCCCCACUGCAGAAGGCAGUAGCCAUAACAUCACAGACCUUUGAAGGAAGGACUCCAGGUGUAGAGUUACAAAUUUAUGGAAAAAUACGGGAAAUUUGCUUUAUGCCUUCAGAUUCUAGGCCUCAGGGAAAGGCUAAUGUUGCUAAGUUGGAUGAAUGUGAAGAGAUGCUUCAUUAUGCUAUAGUGUCUCUGAAGACUGAACAGUGUGUCUCAAAGUGGUCAGAAUAUUUAGCAGUGUUCUUGCUGUCAGUGAAGGAGCCUUCUGAAGACAAUAUGGAACAACUUAACCCUGCUCUUUCAGAGGAAACUUCUUCUGAAGGUUCCCCACAUGGUCCAAGAGAAAUCAGUGAAACCAUAGUGACUGAGUUACCUUUACCAGAUGAAAAAGUAACUGAAAUAGAAAACAUACUUGAUCUCUGGAGUGGAAGUCUUAAGACAAAUGUUCUGGCUGAACUGAGAAAAUGGAAACUUAGUUUGAUCGAACAUCACAAGCUUCAAAUGACACAAGAAAAAGAGAAACAUGCUGCACAUGUGAGACGAUUGAGCAAUGAGAUGGAAAACCUGAAGGAGUUGCUGCAUACUUACGAAGUCUCUAUUGGCAGGAAAGAUGAGGUGAUUGUUAACUUAACCCAAGCACUAGAGAGACAGAAGGAGAGAAUAGAGUUGAUGAGAAAGUUUACACUGUGGCGGAUUCAGCAUGUUAAUGCCAAACAAGAGGAAUAUCAAAAUAGAAUAGCAGACAGACAAUUCCAGACAGCUUUGAUGAAGAAAGUGUGGGCAGCAUGGCGCUCUCUUAGUGGAGAAAAAUGGAAAGAAAAGGUAGCAAAAGCCUGUCAGUUAAGGGCUGAAGAUGUCUGUGUUCAGCUUACCAAUGACUAUGAAGCCAAAAUUGCAGAGCUAACUGCUGCUUUGGAAGAGACGAAGGCUGAGAUGCUGCAACUGCACAGUGAAAGAGAACAGUAUGAAGACACCAUGAAGAAAGCCUUUAUGCGAGGUGUAUGUGCUUUGAACCUGGAAGCUAUGACCAUGUUUCAGAGCAAGGACAGUAGAACAGAUACUGAUGUAGGAAGUAGGAGAAAUGAUAAUGGUACCAUUGCUUCAGGAAGGCUGCCUGCCUCACAAUAUAAUCUCCCUUCAACACCACCAGCGACAGCUUUUCAGCUGGAAGACAUGUUUUCUACCCACUUGGGUCAUGCAAGCACUUCUCAGACCAGGUUAGAUUCUGACUCUUCAGUAAUCGUCACUAGCACAGCUGCGGGAUCUGGUGUGACAUCAACUCAAAAACUGCCCAUGGCAAAAGUAAUAACAUCUGCUCAACAGAAAGCAGGAAGAACAAUCACUGCUCGAAUCACAGGCCGAACUGAUGUUGGACAAAAGGCCAGAAUGUGUGGUAGUGUAGCAGUGAUGGGAGUUGCACCACCCAUGAGUUCAGUCAUUGUUGAAAAACAUCAUCCAGUCACUCAGCAAACCAUAUCCCAGGCCACUGCUGCUAAGUAUCCUCGAACUGUACUCCAUUCUUCUGGCUCUACCACUUCAAGAUCUGCAGGACAAGUUGGGCGAAUGCUUCAGGCACAAACUCAUAGCUGUGUUCAGUCGAUAAAAGUUGUUGACUGA